AUGGAAAAGUACAAAAAAAUACUAGAAAAAUUAGAGUGGGAUAAAAAUAGGAGCUGCGAAAAAUAUGAAUUUGGUAUGUAUGAAAUUGAUAAAAGAGAAGUUUUCUUAACUACGAAAUAUUCCUAUGGAUUUGUAAAUAACAAGCCGUUAUUACCAGGUCAUAUAUUAUUAACCACAUUAAAAAAAAAAAAAAAAUACAAUGAUUUAGACAUAGAAGAAAUUAUAGACAUAAAUUUGCUAUCAAAUUUUAUGUGUUAUGUUAUGGGCAUAUUAUUUAAUACAAACAAUUUUUCUAUUGCUAUUCAAGAUGGAAAAGAUGCUGGUCAAACAGUAGACCAUCUACAUAUUCAUAUAAUUCCAAGAAAAAAUUUGGACUAUAAAAAUAACAACAAUAUUUAUAAAGAUUUAAAUAAAGUUAAUUUAGGUUAUGGCAGAAAUAUAUUAUGCAAUUCGUGUAAUCAUUCAAUCAAUGUUCUUUCACAAAUUCCAGUGACGGAAAUCUUUAAAUUGGAAGAAUUCAACACGUCUAUUAGGUCGAUUGAAGAAAUGGAAAAAGAGGCUAAUUUAAUUAAAUCAUACAUUGAUAAAACGUUUUCAUCUUAA